AUGCGUCCUUCUUCAACGCUUCGUCUACUAGGCGUAACACUCUUAGUCACUCUAGCAAGUGCACAAGCUGCUGCACCUGCUGGUUGGCCCAAGUUCUGGUUCAAAGGACAUGUCACCAACAAAGAAACCUUCAAGUACAAUCCCACAAACGAAUUCAUCUUCCCUAGUGUGUUCCAUGCAGGACAAUACCUAGACAACCCUCUUGCAGAAUGGUACAUCUACUAUGCACCACAUGAGAACCCAGGUGGUAUCUCACUAGCCUACUCUGAUAGUCUUGAGGGACCAUGGAAAGAAUAUGCCAGCAACCCGAUUAUCAAGAACAAGUGGGACUCAUACUACUCUGUUCCACAUGUAUCCAGUCCAGAUGCCGCAUGGAACGCAGAGACUGGUCGUUUGUUCCUUUACUUCCACGGCGACAACACAAAGACGCGCUGGGCAGAGUCAAGCGACGGUAUCAACUUUCGGUACGGAGGUGUAGCUGUUUCAACAGCCAUGACCAGUUCCAGCACUACAGAGACUAGCUACGCUCGCGUAUUCAGCCAUCCCAAUGGAGCGUCAAAGUACAACUACGCAAUGUUCUACAUGGCCAAUGAAAGCAACAACAAGCGCAAAAUUAGACUCGCUGAGUCAGUGGACGGUCGCAAAUGGGACGUCUACUCAAACUAUCUCGUCACAGGUGGUAGUGUCGAAGGCGAUAACGUCUCUGGCGCCAACUACUGGGUCUGGAAAGGACAAGCUUACAUCAUUUACCAUGGGUCUUCGGGCAAGAUGUACGCUCGGACAAUUGAUGCGACGCUAAGAAAGGUUGGAUCGGAGCCAAUCGUGUUUUAUCAGUCCCGUGGACAGGGACAGGAUGUUGGGCGUGUUGCGGCUCCUGAUCCUGUCACGUCCGGGGAGAAUACCUAUUUAUUUUAUGAAUCUGGAGAUCGGCUGGGAGGAACCAUUGCCUGGGCGAAGAUGCAAAAGCAAUCGCGUCGGGAUUUGCAUGAGCUUGCUUGGGAGGCGUGA